AUGAGCAGCGACCUAGGACUUGAGCGGAACUCUUCGUUCCUUACCGAAGUAUGGACGCUCUACGCCAUCGGAAUGACGAUUCUCGUCCUCCGUCUGGUGGUACGAUUGGUCUCGGUUGGCUGGCGUGGCCUUCGUGGUGACGAUGUCUUUGCCGCCAUUGUCAUGAUCAUGUACACAUGUGAUGCUGCAACUGUACACCUCGUCUACUUGCUAGGAUCCAACGUCGAGGCCGCCACAUAUCAGUUGACUCACACCCUGACCGAGGCUGAAAUCGCCCAAUUCGAACUCGGAUCCAGGCUGCAACUCACUGCAUGGUACUCAUACACUGCCCUCUUGUGGUGCUUGAAGGGCACUAUGUUGUGUUUCUUCCAGCGUAUGACAAUCGGUCUUUGGCAAGCCCGAUUGGUCAAGUACCUCAUGUAUGCCUGUGUAGUUUCUUAUCUUGCCGUAUUCUUCACGGUUACUUUUGGAUGCUUCCCGACCUACAAAAAUUGGCAGGUUACACCGGAUCCAGGACUCAAAUGCACCUUCAGGAUGCAAAAUUUCCUUGUUACCGUCGUGCUCAACGUUCUCACGGACGCUGCCAUUCUCUGUAUUCCACUUCCCUUGCUGUGGCAGCUCCAAGUCCCACUCAAGAAGAAGAUUGUCGUUGGUCUCUUGAUCUGUUCCGGUUUCUUCGUCAUUGCAGCAGCCAUCAUUCGAGUCGUACUCACUCUCGGUGCCAAUCCCAGUGGUACCAACAUCAACCGCUGGGGUGUGCGUGAGACCAUUGUCGGUAUCAUUGCAGUCAACAUUCCCAUCCUCCGCCCGCUAUUCAGAAAGACGUUCUGGUCCACCGGACAAAUCGCCUCAUCCGGCCAAGGCAAGUCCACGACUGGUGGACGAACCCAUACUCAAACAUAUCCUACCGGCCUGGGACCCUAUGAAAUGGCCAGCAGCGUGAAUGAGGGCAGCAUGGGUCGCAAGGACCGAGGCAGCUUUGGAGGCAGCGAGGAGUUCAUCAUUGACAAGGGCGACUCCAACAACUUGAAGCACACUGCCAAUGAUGUCGUUGUGCAAACAACCUACCACGUUAGGAGCGAGGAGGUUGCAUCUGAAAACGGCAAUGCAUGGAAAAACCAGGGAGCAACAUCCAAGGCAACUGCCUACAGAGGAGGUGAUGCUGUUUAA